AUGAAGCCCCUGAACCUUAGGGCAUUUCAAGGUCAUGAGAAAAGCAUUCGGAGAGAAGAAUCAACCUGCACUGCCAUCCACACAGAUAUCAUGGACGACUGGCUGGACUGUGCCUUCACCUGUGGUGUGCACUGCCGCGGUCACGGGAAGUACUCGUGUCUUCGGGUGUUUGUGAACCUCACCCAUUCAGCUCAGAAAGCUCUCCUACAUUAUAAUGAAGAGGCUGUCCAGAUAAAUCCCAAGUGCUUUUACACACCUAAGUGCCACCAAGAUAGAAAUGAUUUGCUCAACAGUGCUCUGGACAUAAAAGAAUUCUUCGAUCACAAAAAUGGAACCCCCUUUUCAUGCUUCUACAGUCCAGCCAGCCAAUCUGAAGAUGUCAUUCUUCUAAAAAAGUAUGACCAAAUGGCUAUCUUCCACUGUUUAUUUUGGCCUUCACUGACUCUGCUAGGUGGUGCCCUGAUUGUUGGCAUGGUGAGAUUAACGCAACACCUGUCCUUACUGUGUGAAAAAUAUAGCACUGUAGUCAGAGAUGAGGUAGGUGGAAAACUACCUUAUAUAGAACAGCAUCAGUUCAAACUGUGCAGUAGGAGGAGGAGCAAAGGAAGGAGCAGAGAAAUCUUAAGACGGUGACCAAAUUAAAGGGCUGGCCUUCAGAUGUCUGUGAUUUCUGCAACUGAGGACCUAAUUAUGCCUGUCUGCAAACUAACAAUGUAAAAGCGUGAUGUUACAGACUGCAGAGUUAAAGAAAAGCAGACAUUGACAGUUUCUGAUGAGCAUAAACAGUAAGUGCAGUCACAGGCCAAACUUCUUGCUAGGAACAGACUGGGAAGAGGUCUUAAAUUUAGUGAUACUGUUAUUAUUCUGUAUUCUCAAUAUAAUAACACAUGCAUCUUGCUGUGUCAAAUGCUUUCUGGGCCAUCAUUAAAAGGACAUUAAAAACGUUUUUCUUC